AUGGGGGCUGCGCCGGGCCCCGGCUGGGAAGAGGGCGAGUUUGAGUUCAAGCUGGUGUUCGAAGAAGACGCGCCGCGGCCAGAGGAGGAAGGCUCCGGUUCCGUGGAACCCACUGACAGCAGCAGCAGCAGUGUGGUUACAGAUGGCCACCGUGCCACCGCUAAUGUGGAGCUCUCCCCAGUCAGCAUCCCCAGCCCGUCACCCUUGGCCAAUCAGCGGGCCGGAAUGCAUUCUCCACCUCCACGGAGAGCGCCGGCCAGAGAAUUCAGUGGCACCUAUGAGAGCCUGCCAGCACGUUCCGUUCAAGUUUCAGAAUCCCGCGUGGUGGAGUGUCCCAGCAUCCAAAUCACCACCAUCUCCCCAGAGGACGAGCCAACACCCGCUCUUUCCUGGGAUGCGGAGGGCAGCGGUAGGUGGGACAGGGAGCGUCUCUACCUCCCACUGUUAGACCCCUUCAAUUACCGAGAUAGGUGCCCUGGCUCCCUCAGCCCGAGUCCUGCCUCCAGCCCCUCUUCCCGAGGAUGGUUGAGCCCGGCCUCCAGCUGCGACUCCCUGCUGGUGGAAGAGGAGGAGCUCAGCGAGGCCACGCUUCAUUUUGGGCUUUCACCAUCCUCCCGGCCGACUUCACCGGGCGGAAAGAAACGGAGAAACUCCCCACUUGCAUCACCUAGCUCAUCCCGCAGGGGUAGUUUCUCAGACGAGCAGCUAGGUCUAGAUGGGAGAGACCCUGGCCUUCUGUCACAAGCUUCACCUGAGAGCAGCGAGCUCAGUGUUCCACAGAAAACAAGAAAGACAUCUGUGGAACAGCUAUCUCCAAGGGAUCAGGAGCAGACCCCAGGGCAACAGCAGCCCGAGACACUACAGAACAGGAGAGACCCACCCUCAAUGAGUAUGAACUACCUCUCGGUGCCCCCUGCUCUGGCUUGGGGUCGGACCCGGGCUAGCACUCACAGUCCUCUCUUCAGGACCAACGCCCUGCCACCGCUCGACUGGCCCCUGCCCUCUCAGUUUGAUCAGUAUGAGCUUCGCAUUGAGGUACAGCCAAGGCCACACCACCGGGCACACUAUGAAACCGAAGGGAGUCGGGGAGCUGUCAAAGCAUCUCCGACUGGACAUCCCAUUAUCAAGCUGUUUGGCUACAACGACAGGAAACCGCUUUCUCUCCAAGUUUUUGUUGGAACCGCAGACGAUCGUUCUAUCAGGCCACACCCCUUUUAUCAGAUACACAGGGUGACAGGAAAAAUGGUGGGCACCACCAGUCAUGAGAGUAUCCAGGCGGGUACAAAGGUUUUGGACAUCCCCCUUAGCCCUGAAAACCAUAUGACUGCACUAAUUGACUGUGCUGGGAUUCUCAAGCUGAGGAAUUCUGACAUUGAGCUAAGGAAGGGCGAAACUGAUGUCGGGAGGAAGAAUACGCGCGUACGCUUGGUUUUCCGCACCCACCUUGCUCUGGCACCCUCUGUUGCCCCCCCUGGUCGGGUCCUGGCCCUGCAGGUUGCCUCACUGCCAAUCGAAUGCUCCCAACGGUCGGCGCAGGAGCUGCCCGUCAUCGAGUCGGUCAGCCUCACUUCUAGUUCAGUGGAGGGCGGUGAGGAGCUUCUUCUGAGCGGCACAAACUUCAUGGCUAUCUCCAGAGUUCUUUUCAUUGAGAGGAGUACAGAUGGUAAACUUCAGUGGGAAGAGGAAGCGCAAGUGGACCGUGACAACAGCAAUGAGAGUUUGCUGUGUGUAAGGGUGCCACCCUACUCCGACCUGUCCAUCACACAUCCAAUGUCAGUCAGUCUUUAUGUCUCCAAUGGGAAGAGGAAAAGGAGCAGCACUCAUUGCUUCAAAUAUGUCCCCAUCAUGUUCAAGGAAGACGACCCGCUUUUGUCUCGGUCCCAGGGACCACCUCUGGAUGGUGGGGCACUGUGUUCUUCAGUGGGAAGUCAGCCUAGUAAUAACCUGAGGUGUGACCCUAUGACUGAUGAGCAGACAGGUAUGGACUUCCACUUGCCUCCCUACCAGUCCGCCUACUCCCCACCAUGCACCACCAUGGCUUACCCAGAGGAAUAUGGCGCUGACAAUGUAGUAGAAAAUCCUAGCGGGACAGGUCCAACCAUUUCAGAGCAUCACACCAGCUUUGAAAACCUGGAGCUAGGUUUCACUGAGCUCCUCCCCCCUCUGUACCUCCGUGGUCCUCAGCCACCCUCUCCUUGCCCCUGGCUCGACUCACCAUACCUCUCCUCCUCACCGUCUCCUUCCCACUCCUCCUCUCUUAGCCCUUUUGCAGCUGGCAGCCCCAUCUCCACCUCCCCUUUACCUCCUGUUCCCACAUCACCAUACCCCCAGUACUGUGCUUAUCCCCAAGGAAUAAGUCCCUCCCCUCCUACACAACAAAGCACCUACCAAGACAUGUGUUCAGCACCUUACUCCAAAUAUGAGAGCUGGGACCCCCCGGGGGGGUUUCUAGGGGUUGGUCACAGAGAGGAGAGGAAUGCCAAGAUUCAGGAUUGUCCUUUGGAGUUCACCAGUUCCAACACCAUGCACCAAAUCACAUUUGAGGAAGUGUCUGAGUACAUCGGGCAGGACAUGCAGUCUUACCAGGCUGCUCACAUGGAGAAACAACCACAUUGA